CCCCCUUCCUCCUUUCCCCACCGUCUUCGCUCACGGGCAGAAGCACAAACAGCGUCACCGACUCCUCCAGAAGCAAAAUGCCCCUCCUGCUCCGACGCCUCGCCGGCGCCAUCACCGGCGCGGCCCCCCUCCGCCGCGCCCUCUGCACGGCGGCCCCGCGCCCUCCCUGGGCCAUGGUGAACAGCCAGGCCGCGCUGGACGCGUCAGGGGCGCCGUCGCGGGGCGCGCGCGCGCUCGUCGACCUCGACACCACCCCCUGCGUCUCCCGCCUCUCCGUCCCCGCUCGCCUCGUCGACCCCCACGGCGACAUGGGUCCCCUCGUGGGCAUCGUCCGCAGCGCCAGCCGCGACGGUCUCCUCCUCCUCGACUUCGUCGACGCCCGCCCCCGCCCCCGCCCCAUAUGGCCACACGAACUCGCCGCGGACCGCGGCGGCGUGGAACCGGACGCCAAGCUCUUCAUCUGCAACCCACUCAGCGGCCAGCUGGUCCGCCUCCCGGCCCCCGGCAUGGAUGUCCCCAAGAUGAGCACCUCCUUCGGCCUGCUCACACAAUCCCAAGGCUCCCACGGCCCGCCUGAUAGGUACGCCGUCGCUCAGCUCAGCAAAAGCAGUCGCGGGGGAGGGGAGUGCCGCAGGGUCGUGCGCCGGUUUCUGUCCGAGACAGGGGAGUGGGACGAGCGGCCGCUGGUCGGGGUGGCCGAGAUGGACACUGCGCGGAGCAUGCUGAUCAACCAUGAGGUGCUGGCGUUCGGCGACCGGCUGUGGUGGGUGGACGUGGCCUGGGGCGCCUGCUCCGUCGACCCCUUCAGCGACUGGCCGGAGCGCCGCUUCGCCGAGCUGCCGCGCUGCAGCGUGCUGCCUGCUUCCGAUUCCCCGUUGCUUCCGACGCUGAGCAGGUACCGGCACAUGGGGGUCAGCGACGGGAAGCUGCGCUACGUCCAAGUGUCCAACAGAGACGACAGGUCCAGCGUGAUCCUUUCCUUCUCGCUGGAUGACGAGACCUACAGCUGGGCGCUGGAUCAUUCAGCUCAAAUUACAGAUCGGCGCGACCGCUGCCAUGUUCAGAUUGCUGCCAUAGAUCCAUUCAAAGCCAACCUUGUGUACCUCCAGCAUGGUGGCACUGUCAUUGCCAUGGACCUGGCUAACAAAAAGGAGAUCUGGAGGAGUUCCCUUCCACAAGAAAUCUUCUUUGAAAAUUUGCUCCGCGGUAGUUCUCUUGUUCCGUGCGCGCUCCCAACAUGGCUUGCCACAAGCCAGAUCCCCUCUUCUGCAGGAACCAUUUCAACAAGCAACAAGGCCGAUUGCAAAAAGAAGACUUUGGCAGACAUGCUGGUUCGCGUAGACAGCUAACCUAUCUCCGGUUACUCCAAAUUGUCAGAUCAGAGUUAUUUUGGAGGAUUAGGAAACUAAUGGUGGUACUUUACUGAAAUCUCAUUUUGGGGGGAAUUCCUUGAGAAGUUUGGGUAUAUUAGGAUUUGCUGAUGCACUUCCUCAAUCACAGUUUGGGCAAAAAACUGUGGCGAGAAGUUUGUCAUAUUUUGGCUUUACUUGUGCGCUGUUGAAUUCAGUACAAUGGUUGUUCCCUUCGUCAAUUCGACAUGUAACAGAAGUCAAGAUAACAUGACGCAACGUGCCCUCUUAACUUCGAA